UUUUACCCGAAACAGGGAUAUCCGGACACACGAGUGCACAGAUACUACAAUCUAAAACCUUACCUUAAACCUUGCGCUCUUCUUUCUUCUUCAACUGGUUUUUGACGACACCGGCCCCUUUGAGAAGACAGCUUCAUCUGAAGAAGCCCAUUUGACCAUUUCUUUGUCAACUAUCAAUAAUCUCUUCGAUAUCGAUAGAGAAGUUGAAAAUGAUAAUGAGCGAACUCUGUGGCCUCCGUACACGCUGCUUCCGUUUCCUCCUCCCAUCUCCACCCCCACUUCCUCGCCGGCGCUUGUUCUCCUCAGUCACUUCCUCCGUUUCCCUCGGGAACAAGAAAGAAAAGGUUGUUGUGAUUUCUGGUCCCACUGGAUCCGGUAAGACCCGACUUGCGUUGGAGCUCGCCAAGCGGCUCAACGGAGAAAUAAUCAGCGCCGACUCAGUCCAGGUAUAUCGUGGUCUUGAUGUUGGAUCUGCCAAACCUUCCCUAAGUGAAAGAAAGGAAGUGCCACACCAUCUGGUUGAUAUAUUACACCCAUCUGAAGAUUAUUCAGUUGGACAAUUUUUUGAGGAUGCAAGGCAAGCGACACGAGACAUUCUGGACAAUGGUCGCGUUCCCAUAGUUGCUGGUGGGACUGGACUGUAUUUGCGAUGGUUCAUAUACGGAAAGCCAGAUGUUCCAAAAGCUUCACCAGAGAUUGCAUCUGAAGCAUAUUCUGAGCUUGCAGAAUUGCAGAAGAAUGAGAACUGGGAUGAAGCUGUACAGUUAGUGGUCAAAGCAGGUGAUCCAAAGGCUCAAUUUUUGGCUGCCAAUGAUUGGUACAGAUUACGACGCAGCCUUGAGAUAAUCAAGGUCACUGGAUCUCCUCCAUCUGCUUUUCAAGUUCCAUAUGAUUCUUUCAAGGAACAAUUAGAUACAAGUUUGAUGGAGAAUUCUGAGACUGCGCACUCAUCUCAUGAUGUGUCUGAGGAAGUUAAGCCAAAAGAUUUGGACUAUGAGUUCUUUUGUUUUUUCCUCUCCACCCCUAGACUUGACCUCUAUAGAUCAAUUGAUUACCGGUGUGAAGACAUGCUUUUAGGAACUGAUGGGAUCUUGGCUGAGGCCAAAUGGCUUCUUGACAUAGGCCUCCUUCCAAAUUCUAACUCUCCAACCCGUGCAAUUGGUUACAGACAAGCAAUGGAGUACCUUUUAAAGUGUAGGCAACAAGGGGGUAGGAGUUCUGCAGGAGACUUUUAUGCUUUUCUAUCUGAAUUUCAGAAAGCAUCUAGAAAUUUUGCAAAAAGACAAAUGACAUGGUUUCGUAAUGAGCACAUCUAUCAUUGGCUUGAUGCUUCUAAGCCCCUGGAGAAUGUGCUUAACUUCGUUUAUGAUGCUUAUAAUGAUGAAACUAGAAAUUUGGUCAUUCCCGAAUCACUUAGAAUGAAGAAAGAUAUAUCCAGUCGACGAGAAAUUAUUCAACUGAAGACUUAUCGCUCUAAAAAUAGGCAUUUUGUCAGCCGUAAUGAUUGUGCUGAUAUUCUAGACUGGAUAAGGAAUCAAGGUGAAGUAGUGAAUGGUGUUGUUUGACUUUUGAGUUGGCUUCUUUCGUCCAUUUGAAAUUCGAAAAUUCACAGAAUGAACUUGAGUUUCAUGCAGAAAAUUUAUUGAUCAACAUUCUUUGUGCACGCUUCCAGAUUCAAGCCAUGUUGCUGUUAUCUUGAGAAGAGCCAAUUGAGAAGAUGAAUUUUCUGCAUGUAAUGUUCUUUCUUCUGUUGUAAAAUUUUUAUUUUUUUUUUGGUUGAUAUCCAGAAAGGAAUAGGAGAUAGAGAGAGAUGAACCAUAUCCAUAUAAAAUUUUUGUUUGUCAUACGCUUUACAUUUUGUGGUGUAUUUUGUUCUCCCAAGUUUCUCUUAGUUUUGAACGUGAACUAAUCGGGCAAUUCUAGAGUAAAUAUAUGUAUGCAUUUACUAAA